AUGUACCAACAAAUUGUCAAUAGUAAGUGUGAUUGUUUUGUUAUGUUUUUUUUUUUUUAUAUUUUCAAAAGUCUUUCUUUGUCACCCCAAUGUUGUAAUGAUUUGAUUGGUUCGUUUCAUCAAUCGGAAGUUACUAAGCUUGUUACACAUCCUACAUUGUUUCCUUCCUUGGAUUCAUCUGUGCUGGAUGGAUAUGGCACUGGAUAA